AUGGCGGGAGAAGACUGGUUUUCUGGUUUCAUGUCAAGACACCGUGACUUAUCAAUAAGAGCCCCACAAGCAACCAGUUUAGCCAGGGCAACUAGCUUCAAUCAGGCAAAUGUUUCUGUAUUCUUUGAUAAUCUUGCCAAAGUGUUGGAUCGCGAUAUAUUUGAAGCAAAAGACAUUUACAACUUAGAUGAAACUGGCGUAACAACAGUCCAGAAACCUAAUCGAAUUGUGGCAAAAAGGGGCACGAAACAAGUGGGUGCAAUUACCUCACAAGAACGUGGUACACUCGUAACAGUUACGGUAGCAAUAAAUGCACUAGGCAAUUCGAUUCCGCCAAUGUUUAUAUUUCCUAGACUACGCUUUCAAGAGCAUUUUAUUCGUGAUGAUCCACCAGGGUGUGUUGGUGCUGGAAACGGGUCUGGAUGGAUGCAAGAUAAAGAGUUCGUCUUGUUUUUAAAACAUUUUCAAAAGCAUACAAAUUCGUCACAAACUCAUAAGGUUUUACUUACACUAGAUAACCAUUCAUCCCAUAUUAGUAUAGAUGCUCUGGACAUUUGUAAAACUAACGGAAUAGUAAUGCUUUCCUUUCCACCCCACUGCUCGCAUAAAUUGCAGCCCCUCGACCGAACAAUUUUCGGUCCUUUUAAAAAAGCAAUAAACUCUGCUUGUGAUGGUUGGAUUCGUAGUCACCCUGGCAAACCGAUGUCUAUAUAUGAUUUACCCGGAAUUGUCUCAAUAGCAUUGCCCUUAGCUCUAACACAAAGCAACAUUCAAGCUGGUUUCAAGUGCACAGGGAUAUAUCCAUUUAACAGGGAUAUUUUUUCCGAGACAAAUUUCUCUCCAUCUUUUGUCACCGACAGGUUGCCUCCAACUGAACCUCCAGCUAAACAUCCUAGUUUAGAUACAGGCAACAACUUGAAUCACACAGUUUCAACUUUGGAAGAAGAAAACCCUACUCCGUCAAUAUCUGUCAUCGAUAGAGAACCCCCAGCCAAGAUUCCCUCCACUAGUUUAAAUACAACUUUAGAUGAGUUUCAAAAUCCUAUCCCAUCGACUUCUCGAGGUCCACGAAAUUCUGACACUUUGGACAAAGUUACCACCCAAAAUGACACUUUUUCACCGGAAGCUAUUAGGCCUUUUGGGAAAGCUCCACCACGAAAGAUGCCAGCAAGAGGAAAGAAAAAAAGAAAGUCCACCGUGUACACCGAUACACCAGAAAAAGAUGAUAUAGAGAGGGAGAUAAACAAAAAAAUCCGUCAAAAGAAAAUAGAAAAAGUCAAACGGAAUAUAGGAACAGACGAAAAGAAAAAGAAGAUUCCGAAAAAAACGCCCGCGAUAAUAAGAAAGGAGUCAUCUAAAGAUUCUACCGACGAUGAGGAAGAUGCAUGUUUUUGUUUAGUGUGUGUGGAACCCUUUAAAAACAGCAAGCCGGGUGAAAAGUGGGUGCAAUGUAUGGACUGUAAAAUGUGGUCGCAUGAAGCAUGUAUAUCGCAAGAGUUUGCAUAUUUUAUUUGCCAUAAUUGUGAAAGCGAUUAA